GUACCUGAGACGUCUGGUGCCGAUACCAAGAAAUACCGCUAAGCAGGUACCGCUAGCAUCGGUAUCGGACCAUCGGCAGGCAGGCAGCUGCCCCGCCAGCGCCUACCACCCCAGCCCCCGUCACGGUGCCGCCCCGCCAGGCCAGGACUCAACAGGUGCACAGUGCUGCCUGGAGCCAUUGGUGGUGAUGCAUCAUGACUGUGACAGUGACAGCAGAGCAUGUCUACCAGGAGCCCGUGGAAGUGGUGGCAGCAACACACCUCACCAAGUUCCCCAACGAGCAUGACCCCAACAUCCUGAGCUGUAAUGUAGUGGAGAGAAAACCUCAGGAGGAUGGCAGAGCCUACACCAAGAGGGUGGCUGCUGUGAGGAAUGUGCUGCCCGAUCUUCUGAGGCAGGUCAAAAGUUUGCAGCAGGAUGAACUGAUGGUGGAAGAGGAGUGCUGGUGGGACUGGAAGACAAGAAAGUUUGAUGUCAAGUCCCGUAACCUUUCAGCGUCUGAUUGGAUCACUCUUUCAGAAAACUCUUCAUACACACCUUACACCCACAACACAAAUUGGACUAAGUUUGAGCAGGAGGGGACCAUCACGGUGCAUGGCCUGGGGACUUUGGGCUACUUUAUUGAGAUGUUCAGUAAGAGGUUCCUGAGUGCUGGGGCGCAGCGCAGCAUUGCUAUCACUGAGAAGCUCAUGGCUGAGAAGGCAAAGAGGAUCACAUCAUGCUGGUACUCUGAGUUCCUCUUUGCGUGAUGGCUUCAGGUUGCAUAGCAUUAGUUCAUCAGUGUACGUGUGGGCCACACUGAUCAAUCAAGUCAGAAGAUGCAUCAAAUUUCUUUUCUUUCCCUAUAAAUUUUCCUUGUAGAAGGCUGACCUCAUGAUGAUGGGAGAAGCCCUGAAGGAAGUGGAAAUACAUUUGUUGCUCGUGAGUCACAUUUUCAGGGAUAAUCAAAGACCACAAUGCCAUAUUGAUAGUAUCAGAGUGAUGAUUUUCUUAUAUAUCAUUUCAAGGCAGACAAGAGUUUCAGUGUUCCAAACACUGAUAAUAUUUAUGUGUUGUUGGUUAUAAGUGUUGGUCCACAUUUCA